AUGGCGGUGAAGGGAGACGAUUUAGCUCCCCACGAGAUUGAGUCUGUUUUUCUGAGGAAAUUUAGGGAGACUCUUACGAAGGGGGCCUUGACGUGGUAUUUGCUUUUUCCCGAGCAUUCCAUAGACACUUUUGAAAUGCUCGUGGAUUCUUUCAUCAAGGCCCAUGCCGGGGCCAGAAAAGUACAGGCCCGAAAGGCCGAUAUAUUCAGGAUUGUGCAAGGAGAGUCCGAGUUGCUGCGGGAGUUUAAGUUGAAAGAAAGUUUUCUCGAGUUCCAGGAAACAACUUGGGCGGAUGUUUACAAUCGGUACGAGUCAAAAAUAAGGAUUGAAGAUGAUUAUCUCGAUUUUCCGUCGUCGGUUAAGGGUCGGGAAUGGGAGAAUAAUAAAGAGAAAUCGAAAUACAAUUUCAAUACAGAUGGAUGGUCUUCGAGGAGACGGUUUUUGCCCUAUGAACGGGCCGAAGGACAUGGUAGAGGUUUCCGGUCAACGGAUAGAUUUGCUAUCGAUAGGAGAAUCAAUCGUGGCCGAAACCACAGGUCGUUGCAGAAAAACAAAACGUCAGAUUCUUCCUACCCCAGACUUUCUGAAUACAACUUCAACGUCAGCGUAGUGGAUCUGGUAUCGUCCAUGAGAAACAUCAAAGGAGCAUGGUUCCUGAAGACAAUGAGAUCUGAUCCCGGCCAGAGGGAUCCUAAUUUGUGGUGCGAAUACCAUGAGACAAACAUUCACCUGACCGGGGGCUGUGGCCAUUUGUGCGAAGAGGUGUCGACAUUGCUGAAAAAUGGUCAUCUCAGUGAAUAUAUAAGCGACCGGGCUAAAAACAACUACGGUCGCAAGCGUGAUAAUGCAGAGCCUUCAAAAGCAGGAGAAAAUCCCCUUCGCCUGAUGAUCAACGUGAUUUUUGGGGGGAACGAGAUUAACGGGGUUACAUUUUCGGUGGCAAAAAACACGAAGGUAUUAGUGACCCACAACAAAAGACUCCGGGAAGUCAUUGCAGAUGACAUUACUUUUACAGAGGAAGACGCGGAUGGACUGCUACUACCACAUAACGAUGCCCUGGUAAUCUCUCUAAAUGUCUUAGAUUUUGAAUUAGAUGUGUUCUGGUAG